UGAAGUCAUAAGGGGUAAAGUGCUCUGUGGAGAGUUAGUUAGUAGUAUAGUACUACUACUACCGCGUAAUGCUCUGAUCACAAUCCGUCCGUUAGUUUCCUGCAAAUCCGGGUGAACAGUGGAUAAUCAUCUUAGGCAAGGUGGGGGGUUGAGGAUGCGAAGGUUUAGCAGCUCAAGCACGAACCAUCCGCAGUGCCACUGAACGCUUAUCUUUUUCGAUGCUUAACUAACCCCCCUUCCCCGAUGGGCCUCUGCCUCAGAAACACCGAGUCCUCGCGGCUGGACAAUCCGCUGUUUGCUCCAGGUUGAGCUGAGCUUCUUCUCUUGUCAUCUAUCUUGAACCUGAGGACGCUGGAGUUCCCUUCGACUUCUUAACUCCAACCAGAAGAAAGCAGUGCCUAACGACGGCAGUGCGGAGCGGAGAGGAACCUAACUUCCCCUCCCCCGACGGACAAACUGCGUUCCCAUGUCGCGAUCUUUCACGGGGUGCAAGAGAUGUAAAGCCCGGCGGCAGAAAUGCGACGAACAGCGACCGGAGUGUGGACGGUGCAAGGCCGCAGGAAUCCAGUGCAAGUAUGCCAUGCAACUGCAGUGGGGAGGCCGUGCGUUUUCACGAUCAAGAUUCGGCGCGUGUGUGGGCAAUGGCGGAAUGCAGAGACUUGAAUACUCUCCCGGUGAAUUCGUGUACACGACUACGAAAUCCCCAUCUCCCACAUCCUCCAAAGUGACCUUGGCGAGGGAAAUUGACCCUUUCUCAUCACUACCGUCGGAGCAAAGGGCGUUGCUUCAGCAUUUCAUCCGCGAUGCUUCCCGUGUCACCUCUUGUCAUCCGGGCAUGCAGAGGGAUAUCUGCAGGAUGAUCGUUCCGAUGGCCUUACAGACUCCUUCCCUACUAUACGCGACUACGGCUUUAUCAGCGAUACACCUGCAAGCUUUGAGCAAUCAAUCCGACAGAGUCAAAACAGCACCCGAUAUUGCUAGAUUGAUGGCACGCAGUUUAGAGCAUUUUCGGAUUGAGCUUCAGGACCCCAGCUUAAAGGGUUCAGACGCACUUUUGGCAACGGCACGCACCUUGUGUCUAGCCGAGAUACACUCGGGGGCCAUACAUCCGAAUACGUGGAGAGCACAUAUUGAAGGCGCCAAGGCGUUGAUGAGCGCUUCAGACAGUAGUCCGGAUUCCCCGCAGAAGGCCAAUGAAUCUUUUCGCAGGUACCUGAAUCGCUGGUACAGGUCCAUAGUAUCCCUGACAGCGUUGAACGGCAAUGGUCCUCCAAUUGGAGACGCGGAUGCGAAGGCGUUGGCCAUUCCAAGCAAGUCUGAGGGGCCCGAUUACCUCGACGAUUACUGGGGAUUCACCGUGCACCUUGCAGAUAUCUUCCGUCAAAUUGGCGCCGUAGCAUGGAGAAGGCAUCAGAGCACGGCUGCUGAUGGAAAGUUGAUCAAAUUUGAUGAGGAAGACUUCCAAGAAGAGGCCUCCUCUCUAGAAACUUCUGUCCGGCGCUUGAUUGAUAGAGACGCGGAUUCCAAGCCCACAUUCUACCCCGGUGUGGUGGAGGGUCUGUCAGCGGACACCAUCCAGCAAUUUAUGCUCUGCAACGAAGCCUUCCAGCAUACGGCCCUGAUCCACAUCCACCGUCGCAUACGAAAGGCGCCUGCAUGGGCGCCGGAAGUCCAGCAAUCGGUCAAGAGAAUCCUGGAGUGCACGUCUCAGAUCACUCCUGCCACCGGACUGAGUCCCUGGGUCAUGCUCACUACCCCUAUGUUCACAGCAGGCUGCGAAGCGCUUGGAAAAGACAGAGAGGAAUUCAAGAAAUUACUCACCUCUUUGCAUGAUACGGUCAGGAUACCGAAUGUCCUCCAGUCUCUGAGGUUCUUGGAAUUGUAUUGGGCGAAUGAUCAGACCAGCGAAGAUGAAGAUUGGAGCCACUUCCUAGACCGCAUGAGUUUCGACUUCAUUCCUUACUGAAAGGGGCUAUGACCACGAUUCAAUGUGUCACUAAAAUUUUCAAACAUGAUACCAAUUCUUUGCGUACUGUGACGGUUUACAUGUGGAGUACGUUGGAGUAGAAUUCCCUCUGGUGAAUUCAAUGGCGCCGACAUAAGGAGUUUAUGACCU